UUAAUUAACAUGUAUUGCCCCACCCAUAGCAAGGGACUGGCCUGCUCCAUUGGUCAGCCGAGCACCAUGGAUUUGCAUCCAGGCUCUUAUUAACGGUGGCCCUGGGGAGGCGAGCUGUGGCUGGCUGCAAGGAUGGGGCUGCUGAUGCUCUUGCUAUGGAGCACUUUGCUAGGAGCAGAGUGCAGGCUGCAGGAGAAGGCCCCCGCGUUUGGAGAGGUCUAUCACGUGACAGGGGUCCUUCACCUGCCCUACGCUGAAAUCAAGGAGCCCUUCGAAGCCUGGUACAACCUGAGCGGGAAACAGAGCCGGAUCCAGUACUACAAUGGGCAGGUGAUCACGUACCAGUUUGGGGCCGUGGGGCCCUUCGGGGCCAGCUUUAAGGUGACCCCAGAAACCACUGAGACGGAGGUGAACGUGCGGAAGUGCUUUCGAGUCAAUGGCACCGACCAGUACCUCAUCACCCCGCAGAGCAUCUUUCCCAGCCUGGACGGCUUCAAGCCUGUGCGAGAGGAGUACUACCAGGGGCAGCUGUGCCGCGUCUGGCAGAACGUGUCCUACUGGGGCCGGAAGAAGAACCUGUACACGCUGCGGGUGGCCAGCUCGGCCGAGGGCCCCGCGCCCGUGCACUACGAGAUGCGUGGCUUCAACACACUGCUGGGCUCCCACUACGACAAGUACGAGAUCCACUACACCAGCUUCUCCCGCAAGUUCCCAGCCGGGGUCUUCAGCCUCCCCCAGGGGAUCACAUGCGAGCACUGGCCGGGGGCUGGGCCGGAGCAUUGGAUCAUGGCUAACCCCAUGCAGGAGUUUGUUGGGCGCAGCGGCGAUGCAGACCGAGCCCAUCACCACCUCUUCCACCACUACCAGGAGAAGUUUGGGAAGCGCUACAGCGGCGAGAGGGAGCUGGAGCACCGGAAGCAUGCCUUCAUCCACAACAUGAGGUACGUGCACUCCAAGAACCGGGCCAACCUGCCCUACAAGCUGGCGCUGAACCACCUGGCCGACCGCACGCCGGAGGAGAUGGCCGUGCUGCGGGGGCGGCUGAAGAGCGGGGCGCGCAACAACGGGCAUCCCUUCCCGGCGCACAGGUAUCGGCGCCUCAUCCUGCCCGAGAGCUUGGACUGGCGGCUGUACGGCGCCGUGACCCCCGUGAAGGACCAGGCUGUGUGCGGCUCUUGCUGGAGCUUUGCAACCACGGGGGCCUUGGAGGGGGCCCUCUUCCUCCAGACCGGCGAGCUGACCCCGCUGUCCCAGCAAGCGCUGAUCGACUGCUCCUGGGGCUUUGGGAACCACGCCUGCGACGGGGGCGAGGAGUGGCAGGCCUACGAGUGGAUCAUGAAGCACGGCAUCGCCAGCACCGAGUCCUACGGGCCAUACCUGGGCCAGAACGGGUACUGCCACUCCAAUCAGUCUGAGCCCGUCGCCAAAGUAGCCGGCUACCUCAACGUGGCCGCCGGCAAUGCCACGGCCCUGAAAGCUGCUCUCUACAAGCACGGCCCCGUGGCCGUGAACAUCGAUGCCUCCCACAAGUCCUUUGCCUUCUACUCCAGCGGCGUCUACUACGAGCCUGCCUGCGGCAAUGAGCUCAAUGAGCUGGACCACGCCGUGCUGGCUGUGGGCUACGGGGUGCUGCAGGGGGAAAGCUACUGGCUCAUCAAGAACUCCUGGUCCACGUACUGGGGCAACGAUGGCUACAUCCUCAUGGCCAUGAGGGACAACAACUGUGGCGUGGCCACUGCGGCCACCUACCCCUUCCUGGCUUGAUCAGCUGUGCCUGACAUGCUGCCCGCCGGCGUGGCCUGUGUCUGCCCCACGUAGUGGCUAUUCCUGGGUUCACGGCAUCUAGUCCCCUGCAGCCACAAGCAACUGAAGAGGAAGAGCCCUCUGGGCUGGGGACCAUGUGGGUCAUGUACCAAAGCCUAAUGCCAAGGGAUGAAGCCAAUAGUGCGUGAAGCGGCACCGGGGUGGCAAGCCCCAGACUCCGAAUCAGGGCCCCAGGGUGCUGAUGGGAGGGCUGCAGUGCCAGGACCUCUGCUUCCUACCAAGAAGCACAAGGUGCUGAGUCUCGGGGUCAUGCAUGUGACUGAUCUAGCAAUAAAUGUAAUGGGAAAAA